AUGGUCUAUUGCUGCCGUCCCAGCAAGAACUGUCUCGGCUGCCGCCAGCGGCGAAUCAAAUGCGACCUUCGCCUGCCCGACUGCUCGCAAUGCAAGCGCGCGGGCAUAAAAUGCUCUGGCUAUCGCGAUCUGGUAUCGCUCUUGUUCCGCGACGAGAAUGCAAAGACCCAGCAGCGCUCCGCCGCGACCAAAGACAGGUCCCGCAGUCAGAAACAAGACCGGCUUGUCCUGACUACGUGGCCAUCCUCCUCUGUGGAUGAUCGCGGUCUCCGCUUUUUUCUCGAUCGCUUCACCAACUGCUCUCACUGGAUCAAGAGUAAUGGCCAGACGUCGACGGUCCAUCCCUAUAUCAGGGAGUUGAUGGACAGCCAGCCAUCCCGUGAAUCUCUCAUGGCUGUGGGUCUGGCUGCAUUGGCGAAUACUACCGAUGACAAGGCCUGUCACACUGCGGCCUUGCAAAAGUAUGUCGCCUCGAUUAACUUCAUUCGACAGACCCUACAAGACCCGGUCAACGCCAGUCUAGAUAGCACUCUGAAACUCCUCAUGGCACUGAGUAUCUAUGAGUUUGUCAACAACCGCCCCGGAUCACUCUAUUACUGGAAGGUUCAUGUCGAAGGCGCUCUCGCUUUUAUCCGUCAAAAGCACAAGCCUUCAAUGCCGGAGCGACCGAAAGAUAUGCCGGAAUUGCAGUCUUACCUUUUUGUCAUCAUGAAAUACUUUAGUUCCGGCGGAAAAAUCCCAGGGGAGCUCCUCGCCUGGACUCCUGCCAAGCGUGCCACGCCUCUCCUAGACUCGGCCUCGUCUCUCAUCGACAUUCUCGUCCGCUUCGUUCGCGUGUCUGAUUAUUGGAGACAUGGCCACACGGAUGCAGAGGAAAUCUUCCACGCAGCCCUACUUCUCGACAAGGAGCUGGAGGACUGGGAAGCCAAUCUUGAUGGCGACGAAUGGUCCUUUGUUACCAAGGUGUCUAAACAUAUUUCUGGGCUGUAUCAAGGCAAAUACCAUGUGUACUCAAACCUAUGGGCCCAUCGAAUUCUCAACCACUACCGCUGGAGUCGUAUCCUUGUGAAUGAGAUCCUCUAUCUACACAUACUGAAGCUGGCGACUCCCACUGAUGUCCAAAUCAUGCAACAACAAACUGCGCUGGCCACAACCUCUCGACUGGCAGCCGACAUUUGCUUUUCGGUCCCCAGUCAGACCAACCUAGUGCGCCAGGAGGUCGGCAAAGAGGCCGAUACGCCGCCCAUCAACGGAGUCUUCGUUCUGGUCCUCCCUCUCAUGAUCGCCGGAAGCGCCUGUGGCGUAUCUGACGAGCUGCAUGACUGGGUUGUUAUGAUGCUGGGAGUGAUUGGGUCGUAUAUAGGCAUCCGGUUCGCAUCCGAAUCGAUCCCCGGGCUGAAAAAGAUGCGAGAAGCAAAGAAAGCAGGCGGGUCUGCCUCUUGGGUGUGUCCCUUGGAUUUCAGUGGUGUAAUGCGGGUGACAAGCCUGGAUAGAGACUCAGACGAGCCCUCACCUGAUAGAUUAUACAAAAAUUGGCCUGGAGACCGGCCAUCUUGA